AUGUUGUCCCUCGGCAAACUUGCCGGCAUCGCCGCGCUCUUCGUACCUGCAGUGCUCGCCUGUAACGGCUACACUGGUGGUCUACCCACACCCACCUCGACCAAGACCAACAGCCAAGUAAUCACUAUCGCCGCUGGUCAGACUUUCGAUUGUGGCUGGGCUAAGUAUGACCGUGGUAGCGGAGCUUGCAACGACCAGGCUGAGGGUGGUGAUGCUGAUGCCGUCUUCCUGCUGAAGAAGGGUGCUACUCUCAAGAACUGCAUCAUAGGCAAGAACCAAGCCGAGGGUGUCCACUGCGAUGGUGCUUGCACACUGGAAUUCGUUUGGUUCGAGGAUGUCUGCGAGGAUGCUAUCACUGUCAAGAACGAUGUUUCUGGCGACCAGUCUUGGAUCAUCGGUGGUGGUGCCUACAAGGCAGCCGAUAAGGUCGUCCAACACAACGGCUGCGGUACUGUUAAUAUCAUCAACUUCUACGUCAACGACUACGGCAAGCUGUACCGUUCUUGCGGUAACUGCUCCAAGCAAUGCAAGCGCAAUGUCUACAUCGAGGGCGUGACUGCCGUCAACGGCGGUGAGCUUGCUGGUAUCAACUCCAACUACGGGGACACUGCGACGAUCAAGAAUGCCUGCUAUGACACCAAGACUCCUUGCCAGAUGUACAACGGGUGUGCUGGAGGCUGCGAGCCCACAAAGAGCGGGACAUGCUCUGGUUAA